UGUUGGUCUCUAUCGUAGCCUAUCGAUGUAUGUAUUAUAACAACUUUUUAAUUACAAAAUAGGUCAUGAACAGAUAAAUGCCACAGUUCCCUACUGGUAAUUCUUCUGGACAUACACACUCCAUGCUGUAGAUGUCUCCAGAAUCAGCUCCACACAGAAACCAUCGAAGAAAAAAUAACCAGGAAAUGUUACACUUCAGCAUGAGGAAUUACCACUGUUUUCCUGAGAGAAGUUGAUGGAGCUGCCAGAAACAAACAGAAUGGAAACUGUGAUCAACUGUUUCAAGAAGAGCCCAGAUGCUGUGGCCAGGCUCAUAUGUUUCCCCUGGGCAGGUGGAGGGUCCAUACACUAUGCACGCUGGGGAAAAGUUCUCAACAGCUCCACAGAAGUGUUUGCUGUCAAACUUCCAGGCAGAGAGAGUCGAACCAAAGAGCCUUUCUUUCAGAACAUGCAGCAGAUUGUGGACGAGGUUAUUGGUGUGUUGUUACCGGUGCUGAAAGAGAAGCCGUUUGCUCUGUUUGGACACAGUUUUGGUGCCUUCACCAGUUUCGCUGUAGCAGAUGCUUUGAAGAGACUGCACAACCUCGAACCAGUUCACAUCUUCCUGUCUGGCGCCUCUGCACCUUAUUCAGAGACGCGUAUCAAAGCUCCAAAGAGAAGCGACUUAUCUGAUGAGGAUUUUCUCAAGUGGUUGAUUUCGAUUGGAGGAACUCCUCCUGAGCUGCUGGCAAACCCUGAGGUGCUGAAGCUCUUCCUUCCUGCCCUGAAGGCCGACCUGCACGUUGUGGAGAACUACAGGUGUAACAAGCCAGACAGUCCGUUGCUCUCCUGCUCAGUCACGUGUUUUGAUGGAAAGGAGGACAUUCCUCAUGACCUACAAGCUUGGAAAAGCAUCACAUCAGGAGAUUUCACCGUCAGGAUGUUCGAUGGAUCUCAUUUUUACCUGAAGGAUUCUGGGAAUGAAAAGAUAAUAUUAGACUACGUCACAAAGCAGGUGGAAACAUCAGAAAUGGACUAUGUAUAAUGAAAUCACUGUAUAAUUUAUCUAAUGACUGUUUGUUUUUUACUAAUUCAUUGUAAUGAAAAUUAAUUCUGAAAUCUAGUAUUGUGUCACAAAUGUAAUUUAACUGUCUGCUGGAUAUUAAAGUCAUUCAUACAACUUGA